UAGUUCUAUUCUUAAUUUUUUGAGGAAUCUCCAUACUGUUUUCCAUAGUGGCUGCACCAGUUCACGCAAUGCAUCUUGUCACUGGAUUUCUUAAUGUUUUUCCAACAUUAGGAAAUCUUUUGACAUAAUUCAUUGUGCAAAUUUCAUACUACAUUGUUGAAAUCAGUCCUUUUAUUUGGAAUUUUUGCAUCUAUAAUCACAAAUGUUAAAGUAAUUAAACAAGGAGGCCAUUUGACUGAGUUGGCUCUGAUGCCUUGGUAGCCUACAUAAGCAAACCAAAAUCUAACCCAGAGUAGAUGCACCUGAAUCCAACAAAAUCAAACUUAAGACCAACCAAUCACAAAAGCCAACUUAGUUUUCCCAAAUAGGGGAACUGCUUAAGUGAUAUCCAAUCAAAUAAUUUCCUUGCUUGGCUUAGUGGUCUUCUUUACAAAAACCUUUCCAAUAGCUCCUGUUGGUGGAGCGCUCCUAACCACUUUCGGUUUGAUACUGCCUAAUUCAAAUCAAUAUAUGCUCAAAUAAACUCUUGAACAUUUUAACGUGCCUCAGUUUAUCUUUUAACACAAAUGCAACUGAUUAAUACUUUUCUUUUGGCCCAUCUGUAUCAGGUUUUAUACUAGGUACACAAAAUUAGACAGCAUUCCAUCUUUUCCUUGGAUCCAAAUAAAUCGAAUAAUCAUUAUAAGUUCAAAAGUUAGCUAAAACCCAGCUAUAACCAUCUGGUAACUUUUUAAUGGUACAUAUUUUAAGAUAUAUUUAAAUUUUAUUUGGUUAUUAUUCUAUUCAGGUUUUCCAGUUCUUAGUAGAAAUUAAUAAUUUAAAUUUUACUAGAAAAUCUACAAUUAUUUUUACCAUGGUUAUAGAGUUGCACAUAACAGCCUCAGAAUUCUUUCCAAAUCUGUGUCUAUGGUUUAACCUCUCUCAUUUCUAAUGUUUUUGUUUUAAUUUCUUUUUUGUUUUGUUAUUGUUUAUCAAUAUUGUGUUUCACUUAUCCUUUAGAACCAAACUGUGAAUUUUUAAAAUCUGGCCCACUUUUCUAUUUUCUAGUUCAUUAAUUUCAGAGUCUAUACUUAUUCAUUUUAUACUUAACAAAUUUAAUACGUAAUGUUUCAUAAGAAGAACAUGAUUAUGUCCAAAAUAUAAGGGAAUACUCUAAGGUAAAAAGAAAAUAUUCAUAAUUACAUGUCCUAGAAAUUAACUACUGUUAACAAAUAUUAGUGUAACUUUCCAGAGAUCUUAAGUGCCUUUCCAUCUCUGUUUAUGUACUUAUACAAAGUUUGAAAACAGAUUACAUGAUAUAUAGAGGUUAGUAUUGGUACUCCAUUACUUCCACUCCGGACUCAGGGCUGCCCUCCUUCAACCUCCCGCUGGCCCUUCUCAGAGUCUCCCACCCUGAGCUCAAGACUGCCCCACUUCAGUCUCUCCGCCACAUCCCCACCCUGCUAAGCUAGGACUACAUUUCCCAGACGCCUCCAGGGUGGGCCCAGCCCCUACUGGGCGCCCCUGUGAUCCCCCAGCCCCUACUGGGCGCCCCUGUGAUCCCGCCCGAAUUAUGCUGAACAGCCGGGACAUCUGGCUGUAGUCUUACGGUGUUCCAGACUGAGGACCGCGCUUCCCAGUGGAGCCCGCGACUGGAGAGUGAAUUCUCAGGGGAAACCUGGGCACCCAGCUCGACCAGGAUUGUGGGGCGCCAAGGGCUGAACCGCCCAGGUGCGGGAGGACUCCUAGUUCGUGGCAUGGCGGGGAGUGGUCCUCUCCUGAUCCCACGCUCAGAGCGCGGCUCCGUGUGGAGAGAACUUUGGACGGUCGGCCUCCCGGCCUCUAACUACAGUUGCUAGAGGCCUCUGGGCAUCUCCCAGUUUGGGGCGAGGCUGUUGCAGACGGGUUAACCUCGGGGACUCGGACGUCCUCGUGGCCGACCCCUCCUCCCUUUCCCUGGCUGUGCGCUAUCUUUCCCAGAAGCCUCCACGGUCCACAACCUUUUCUUACCCCUGGCGGCCACCUAUUGCUCCUGGACCUGUGGGUUCGCCCAGGUCCGCAGAGGAUGCUCGGGCGCGGCUGGGCGGCCAGGUGUGGGCUUCACUGAAGGUUUGGAACACACCGCGACCCUGGGCGGAAAAGACUUGUGCCGGCCGGGCACUGGCUGGAGUUUCCUCCUCUGGACAAUAUUUUCCCAAGGGCUCCACGGCGCAUGCACUUCCGUUUAAAGUUGGCUGGCCAGUGAAUCCAGAAGAGGAGAAGAGCCGCCGUGCAUCAGAAGUCAUGGGGGAGGGCUUGAAGUUCAAAGAUGUGGCGAUUUACUUCUCUCAAAAGGAGUGGGAAUGCUUGCACUCUACUCAGAAGGAUUUGUACCAGGAUGUAAUGUUGGAGAAUUAUAACAACCUGAUCUCACUGGGACUUUCUGAUUCUAAGCCAGAUGUGAUCUCCUUACUGGAGCAGAAGAAGGAGCCGUGGAUGGUUAAGAGGAAAGAGACAAGAGAAUGGUGCCCAGAUUGGGAGUCCAAGAGAAGAGAGACCAAGAAUUUAUCUCCAAAGGAGAACAGUUGUGAAAUUAAAUCAUUACAACAGGAGAUAACAAAAAGACUUACACACUCUAACCUUGAGUGCACUAGGGUCAGAGAUAACAGAGAAAUCAAAUGCCACUUGGAGAGACAACAGAAGGGCCAUUUCAGACAAGCUGUAAUAACCUCUGAAGAAAGGUCCACUUCCACUCAGUGCACAGUUCAUAGAGUACCUCAGACAAUUCAUACCAGAGCAAAGUCCUGUGAAUGCAAGGAAUGUAAGGAAGCUUUAGGGUCCCAAUCACACCAUAUUCAACAUGAAAGAAGUCAUAAUAAGGAAGAAGACUCUAAAUGUGGAGAAUGUGGGGAAGCCUUUAAUAGUAGGUCAGACUUGAUUAAGCAUCAGAGAAUUCAUGAAAGCAAAAAAAGUACUGAAAAUAAGAAAUGUGCCUUUGUUCAUGACUCUGAAAUUACUAAACCUCAGAGCAUUAGUACUGGUGAGAAAACUCAUAAUUGUAAGGAAUGCGGGAAAGCCUUUCAUUCUAGCUCACAACUUAGCAAACAUCAAAAGAUUCAUAUAGGUGAGAAACCCUUUAAAUGUAAGGAGUGUGGGAAGGCCUUUCCAUCUACCUCACAACUUAAUUUACAUCAAAGAAUUCAUACUGAUGAGAAAUACUAUGAAUGUAAGGAAUGUGGGAAAGCCUUUACCCGUCCCUCACACCUUUUUCGACAUCAGAGAAUCCACACUGGUGAAAAACCCCAUAAAUGUAAGGAAUGUGGGAAAGCUUUUCGUUAUGACACACAACUUAGUCUUCAUCAGAUCAUCCAUACUGGUGAAAGACGCUAUGAAUGUAAGGAAUGUGGAAAGGUCUAUAGUUGCGCCUCACAGCUGAGUCUGCAUCAAAGAGUUCAUACUGGUGAGAAACCUCAUAAAUGUAAGGAAUGUGGGAAAGCUUUUAUCUCUGAUUCACAUCUUAUUCGACAUCAGAGUGUUCAUACUGGUGAGAAACCAUAUAAAUGCAAGGAAUGUGGGAAGUCCUUUCGUCGUGGCUCAGAACUUACUCGACAUCAGAGAGCUCACACUGGUGAGAAACCCUAUAAGUGUAGGGAAUGUGAAAUGGCCUUUACUUGUAGCACAGAACUUAUUCGACAUCAAAAAGUUCACAGUGGUGAGAGACCCCAUAAAUGCAAGGAAUGUGGGAAGGCUUUUAUUCGAAGGUCAGAACUUACCCAUCACGAGAGAAGUCAUAGUGGUGAAAAACCCUAUGAGUGUAAGGAAUGUGGGAAGGCCUUUGGUCGUGGUUCAGAACUUAGUCGGCACCAGAAAAUUCAUACUGGUGAGAAACCCUAUGAAUGUAAGGAAUGUGGGAAGGCCUUUUUUCGUGGCUCACACCUCAGUCAACAUCAGAGAAUUCAUACGGGACAGAGGAGUGAAUGAAGACUUGGGAGAAGACUCAGAAUUUAAUUGACAUCAGAAAGUCAUGCUAGUAAAACAAACAAAAACCCCUGUGAUUGUAAGGAAUGUGGGGAAGCAUUUGAAGAUAGGAGCUUACUCAGUAUCAGAGUUCAUACUGUGGAUGUAAGGCCUUUAUUUAAGGGCCAGAAUUUAUGUGACCUUUGUUACUGAUGAGAAACCUUAUAAAUGUUAAGAAUUGGGAGAGGGUUUAUGUGUGUUUCAGAGUUUAUUAAACAUGAGAGUUCAGUUGGUGAAAACUCUGUGAAUAUAAGGAAAGUGGGAAGGCUUAGGAAGCAGUGAAUGUGGUAAAGACAGUCAUUCAAACUUGGCUCAACAUCAGGGUCAUUAGCCCUUAUGGGAAAUAGAGGAUUCAUAGUAAAAGUGUCAUAUAUAUGAGACACCAGUUUGUUUUAGCUAACAAGUUAUUCAUAUGAUAAUUAUUACUUGAGGAAGGCUACGUUAAUGUUAAAAAUAUAGCACUUCUUCCAUCCCACUCAAAUCUCAUUAAAUAUUUGCAAGCUCAUUCUCUGAAAUUAACCUGGGCUGAAUCAGAGUGGGAAAGGAUUGAACCAGUGUUUAGGCUUUACUCGCCUUCACCAUUGUAACUCAUUUCUUACAGGGCAAUUUACUUAACUAUGUCUAAAUUUUCUCAAUUAUAAGUUAGUAAUAUUAGCACCAUAUUUCUUAGUAGCAUUGUGAAGAUUAAAUAAUUACAUUAUAUCCCUUAGAAUAGUGUCAGGCUCGUAUUGAAGUUGUGUUAAAUAGGAGCUGCUUUUAUUGUACUUUUCUUUAUUUUCAUAAUUGUGUUUAUUAGAGAUCAUAUGAGAGAAAGGCCUAUGUGUCAGUGACUAUAAGACACCUUUCUUUAUUGAGUGUUAGGUAAUUCCUUCUGGAGGAAGAUUAAAAACUGACGUUUUCCUUCAUAGGUUGCCCUUUUCCCCAUCAGUGAAUUCACAAUGGAAUAUCCCCAGGAGAAUAAAGAGGAGUUGCUGGGAGAUCAGAGGGAAGAUUUAGAUGAUUUAUUAGAACCUUCCAAAAACAAGACGUAUGCCACAAUCUGCCUCUCUUCUAGAGAAUUACAAAAUAACAAAGCCUUAGCCAAAAUCUAUUCCUCCACAAGGAAAUUUAAAAGAUACCUGUAUAAAUACUUUUUAUAUUAAAAAGGGAAUCAAGGCAAAUUACCAUUAGGAAUGAAUGACAAAGAGACAACUACAUGUUGAAAUUUGUAGGAUGCAACAAAGCUGCACUCUGAGGAAAAUUAGCUUCUUUCAAUAUGUGGAGAAAACAGGAACAAUUAAAGGCCAGGAUUCCUUCUCAGUUCACUGUACUUGGUGCACUGCUUGUUUCUCGUAGGUUCCCAGUAAACAUUUGUUGAUGGGAAGAAUGAGAGGGAGAAUGAAAAGGCAUUCGAGUAUGUAGAAAAGGUCUAACAAAAUAAGUGCAAAGCCAGAAAAAAACCUUGAAAGCUUUUUUUUUUUUUUAAAAAAAAAGAUUACACUCUAAAAAGAAAAAACUCAAGUACAUGAAUGAGAAAGGAUAUGAAACUACAAAAACAGAGGUGAUUUCAAGAAGGCAAUGUUGUGGCAGACACCGUGGGUUGCCUGUCAUCAGUGUUAACUGUUCUCCCUUUUCCAGGAUUGCCUGCUCCCCACCUUAGUCUGUGCCAGAUGUGGGCUCUCCUAGCUUGUUUUGCAUCUGGGCAUGUGUAUCACGGUCCUGGCCACAGAAGUUCCAAGCAAGAAUCUGCAAGUGGACUUCAGUUAAGUUUUCUUUGCUAAUAAAGUAGAAGGAAAUAGUCUUCCUAUAUACAGGAUGCACGUCUGUGUGUCUGUAUGAUACCUGGCAUUGUGGCCAUUUUGCAAGCAGAAAGGAAGGGGCUGAAAUUGGCACAGGGAGAGGGUGGAAUUACGUGUGUCCUUGACAUUAUUGAGCUGGUGAAAAAAUUCAGAACUACCCUGUCCCUGGGUUUGUAUGAAAUUAAGAAACUCCGUACGUACCUGUUAUGAGUUUAUACUCAUCUUUUUAUAAUAUAUCUGAGUCCUGGAAAAAAUUAUUUUCAUAUAUACAUAUAUAUAUACACACAUUCAACUUUAGUAAGAUGAGAAAAUGUUUAUAUUCAGCUUUUUUAUAGUAUAUCUGAAAUUGUAGAAAAGCAUUUUCUUAAAUAUUAGACAUAUAUAUGUGUUUAUAUGUAUACGUUUGUUCAGUGAGAUGUAGGAAGUGUUCAUUUACAUUCAACAUUUUAUAGUGUAUGUUUAUAUUCAGCUUUUUACAGUAUUUCUGAAAUCUUUGAAAAGUAUUAUUUUCCUGAAUAAAGUAAGAGCCACGAAAAAACUGAUUAGAGCUACACCAUGUAAUUUCUCUAGUACCAGAGAUACUACAGAUAAAAUCUUCUACGUCUUCAAGAUACAAAGAGUCACAGCUAUAAGACUAGCUUAAGCCUUGUACCCUUUUACCAGAUUUGUAAAAGGACAGCAUCCAAAUCAAAUGAGCUAUAAAAAUAAUCCAUUGUACUCAUAGCAUAUGAACAUUCCAAUUGAAAUAGCAAGUCAAAUCUAGGAAUUUACGGAAAGAAGAAAAUAGGGUUUUAAAAUCUAAAUCAUGACUUUACCUGUGCAAUUGUUAAAAAAUGUAAUAUAUAAAUGUACUGUUUACACAUUGAAAGCUGGACACUAAAAUAACUAUUACCCACUGAAAGUAGUAGACAAGAAACUAUUACAGCAUAUGCAUACUCAUCUGCUGUGAAGAGCCUGCAGCUGUCCAUGUAAUCCUACCUCAUGGUCUGUGGACGUUCUUAACAUUUGCAAUAAUCACCAUCCAGUGGAUUCCACUUUUACCUCAUGCUUUAUAAAAACAAGUUUAAUGUAAACAUGUAUUACAUAAUAAACCAGUCAUAGCUAAAUAUCA